AAGAUCAAGGCCAAAGAUCUGACUUUCUGAACUUUUGAAACCAAUCGCAUGCUCCAUUCUGCAUGACCUUCUGAUGUUGCGGCCGUUGUCUGCUAGAGACGCGUCGACAUGUCUACGAUGCAAUCUACGUCUCGUGCUCCGCCAAAUCCAUCAACGCCGAAAUCAGUCCUCGGACCAGUCGCCUCAUCUGACCCUGGACUCCACCGUGCAAGCGCCUACGCCUGAGCAGAAGUCGAUCCAGAACGAACAAUCCGGUCUUCUUUCGAUUGUCCGUACACAUGGCAACCACGGUAGGAUCCGCGGGAGGAAAGGUGGCCAGAGACGUGUCGAGUCGUCCGAGCCUUUGUCUAUCGACAGCUUGGGCCGAUCUUCAGAUGUCAUCGUUCUGCGUGACUUGCACGAGCCCCAGCCAGCGAAAAAGUCACUCCUGGACUAUCAGAACAUGCAAGAAGAGGGCACUCUCGAGCCCAAGCCUCGUGCUUUGACUUCCAGGGAUAUCCAGGAAAUGGCUGGUGGCAGAGCAAUUCGACCAGCCCUCGCCGAAGUAUUCGAGUCGAUAGACGCUCUCAGGCCUGAAGAGGGUGUUUACAUCGUCACUAGGUCCGAGUAUGACGCCAAGUUCACUGCCAUAGCCAAGGCCUAUAACAUGACCCAGCUCAGAGGCUAUGUUUAUCAGUAUACUCGCCCCGAACGGAAGCGAGGAACUGCCCUCAAAUCAAGCAAGCGUAAUAGCACUGCGGUUCGUCAGAACAACGUAGACUCUACUGAGAUCAGUAGCUCUGGGGAAGAGUUACAAACCCUUACGCGAACCGCCUGGCACCCCGGGGACACUCCUAUCGAGAAGCGAUUGCCUGUGCACCUCUCCACCGUACAUACGGCCCGCAAGAUGAACAACAAGGAAUAUGUGAUAGACUUUAUAUUGCGCGACAUUUGGUCACUCGGAAUCGAGGAAGAAGAAGCAGCUCUGGGCGAAUUAGAGUUUAUCUUGUCACCUAUGCAAUUUGGCCUAUUGCUCACCAAAAAUUCGGAAACGCUGCGACCCCUGCUUGACAGCUCUAAAUACUACAAGAACUCUCGCUUCCAGUUGCACCAAGCCGAUCGUGUCAUCCGAAUCAUAGGUCCAAAAGCUGAGGCUGAGGCCAUUGCACACGUCUUGGCUGAGGCUUAUGCUCCUGCUAGAAGCGCAGACAUGGACCUCAAGAGCUUCCACACCGCUAUGCAUAGUUAUCCUACCGGCUUCAAAUUACACGAUGUACUCACUCUUCAACGCCUGAACAAUAUUAUGGAGUUGACAAGGACCUACAUCAGCUACGACUCCGACGCUCGGCGACUUCGUAUUGCCAGCUUCGUUGAUACCGCUAUCAAUGACGCCCAUCGCUUAAUUGUCGCUCUGUUACCCAUGGACAUGCGCAGAAAGGUCAUAGAUCUUUAUGACAUGCGCAGCACCGACGAGUACCGUCUAGAGCCCAUAUCAACCAUGAAGCAUCUGCCUUCUCGUCAUAAACACCGCCUACUUGGUCGAUGGGUCACUAUCUCGACCAAAAUUCCAAGCCCCGACGAACAAUUCCCCACUCAACCUAACCAAGGAGCCGAGAUUCUCGACAGCGGAGGCGCUUCAGACGCCACCACCGUGCCUCUAUACAGUCCGAUUGUUGCGAAAGCUCUCGAUCUUAUGGAAAGUCACUUUGAGAAACAAGCUGUAUCACCCUCACCCAAAUAUAGUAGUUGGCCGUCACAGGAUGAAUACGGCAGCUGGAAUGCGCGCAUUGGCCAGUCACUACACGACGUCCAAGUCGCAACCUCCUAUCCUGGUGCUUCUGCUUUGCAUCCAGAUGUGAGCAAAGAGCAUACUCGUCACCGCGAGUCUACCUUUGCACCCUACUUGCCAGGCCUCGUUGGCCUCUUGGCUUGUGGGCGGCCGCCCGCUUACAAAGGGGUCAAUCCUAUACCGCGGGAAGGAACACAGCUUAUAGCUCAUCUGGUUCCAUCGCCCUUCGAAGGCUUGGGCUGUCUUGCCAGCACUGCCCUCCCCAGGAUUCAGUUACGCUUCAACAUUCACGAUUCCGAUCCAACACACGAUCUAGAGGACUUUGAACAUAGCAUUAUGCCAACUCCACUUCCAAAUGGCAAGUGGAUUGCUUUCUCUCACAUGCGUCUCAACAUUGCCACUGAUGUCGUGUCAAUGCAUUUGCCGACACAACCUGCUGAUAUCAUCCUCGAGCGUGAGAGGGUUCUCAUUUCCAAGUAUGUGACCCGCGAUGCACGUAUCAGGUCAUUCGUCAAAGCAGUGCAGACCAGCAUGGCGAGCGAUACUGUCCUGCGUGCUCCCCCAGCACUUAAAAUUAACGUACCGGCACACGUCGUUGUCACACAGCUCCCGAACAACAAGUCUCUCAAAACACGUAAACCUGAGCGUUCGAACCCCGGGCAUGGUCCUACUGUCCCUACGAAGUACCUGUUCGCCGGCUUCGAGUAUCGCGAAUGGAACUCUUUUGCUCACUCAUCAGUCGAGCCACAUUGUAAUGUAAUGGCUGAAACCUUCGAGGCGGGUGUAGCUGGUGGACGUCGCGUCGAGGUUACCGUGCGGCCGAAGUACAAGUUAUUCAACAACGUGCAAGAUCGGGCCAUGCUGAGAAAGCUCAUCGGCGCUUCAGUCAAAGUGCUCAAAAUUCUGGGGACGCCUUCGAUUGGAAAUUUGGACUCCCCUACUACGACCAUUCCCAAGGCGAAGGAAGAGGAAACCUUUGAACCGUCCAAGCUGAAACCUAGAAAGGAAAAUGAUGCGCGUGGAAAACCCGCCUCUAAGGAGAAGAAGAAGACUUCUGCGACCACAGCAGAGAUGGCGCAAGGCUCGAACAUCGCCGACCUCGAAAAGCUUCGACCCGAAGAAGUCGCAAGCGACGAGAAGCAGCUUGAGCUUGAGCUUGAGCUAGAUACCGACCAGCGCCCUCGCAUAGAGGAAGCAGCAUUAGGCGAACCACCUCGUCUGCAGAACAGCACGCCCGAUAGCGCUGACGAGCAAAUUGAAUCCGGUAUCAAGCCAGCUUCGAGAGCAGACAACGAGGCUCUGGAAAACGCCAUUUCUAAAUCAGAGAUCGAAGUCCAAGCCCUUGACGUACUGGUCCCUGCUGAGCGUGUUGUCGAGCCUGUUACACAAGAGAUCCCGAGCACGUCAGAACCCGCCCCAAGCACAAGCAGAGACACAGCGAGUGAGCAAACAAUCGCACAAGAGGUCGCAGAAGACAAAGACACGACGAGUGAGCAAGCUUCUGCGCAAGAGAGCCAAGAAGACAGGACCGAGGAAGAAAAGGCACCAGAAGAAGAACCCUUGAGCGUCAGGCUAAGACGCCUGAUGGGUGGUGCUUAGAUGCGCGUCUGACUCUCAUCGCUCAAACCACAUCAAAAGCAUUUCGGGAGCUCUACCACCUUGUAAGACUAUACAUAUAAAUUUUGUAACACUAGACUAUUGAAUUAACUCGUCACCUUUCCGAAUGCCAUUGAUUCUCGAGGCAGUGUGAAAUUUUGAACAGCUUAUUAUGAUUUUUUGGUGCUAUAUAUCAGGCGAUACAUAUCCUAAUAUGUGUCGCCGUCCGCUUGCACACCGUGUU